UAGGCUGUAUGCAGUAGAUAACCAACCUUGUUGAAACUUGGCACUCAGGACAGAGUAUGUGUUGAACCGUUCCAAAAUAAUUUUCAAUUUUUUUAUAUGAUAAAAAACGUUUUUAAAAUUACACAUACCAAGUUUACAUCAAUGAGUAAGGAUUCGUACCAUUGAUAAAAAGUGUUGCAGUUUAGGAAAAAAACGAAAAACAAAGACUCACAUUUCUUAAAAGCUUUUGCAAAUCUUCAAAUCGAUCUGGCAACCCAAGUUCCAUAUGAUCAAAGAAAUGGCAAUCGCAAACAACGCGGACGAGGUGGAUAACGAAGUUCGCGCGGAGAAGGGCAGGAAAUGUUUUUAUUUGAAGAAAAUGAUAGGAGAUUACAUAGGCAACACUGUUCGAAUUGUGGCCACCGUCGUUUUGGCUGACUUCCUGCAGAGAUUGUAUCGCUCUGUCGUUGAAUAUGUCCACUGUAGCAAGUAUUAUCUGCCCGAGGAUCGAUUAUGGACGAUCCUGCGGCGCUCUUGCACAUAUAGCAACAAGUCGAGAUACCUGGUGAUGGGGUUCAUUCUCAUAGGAUUUUUAAGAAUUUCGGUUAGCGGAAAUUACAAGGACGUAGUACCCACAUUUAAGUUUCUGGCUUAUAUGCCGCUAUACUGGAUCUUCAGUAAUCUGGGUCAUAGCACCUUGACCUACUCCAGUUGGGUACGAGACUCCCAUGGACUUGAUUAUGCAGCUGGAAUGGCCUCCAACUACUUCCACGGCUACCUUAAACUUUCACUGCCAGAACGUAAGGCCGAUGGACUCCUACAUCGAAUGAACGUUUAUGAGGACAAGUACAAUGUCACCUUCGGUAUAAAACGACUGAUUAUCCUUAUUCCUGACGAAAUGUUCAUCAACGGCGUAAUCCAAAGCAGGAUAUUGGAAAAAGCAACGCCUCUGGAAACGCAGUUCAUCAAUCGAGCGGGAGUGAAUCGUCCCUUUAAACACGCUGUCUAUAGGCUGGCCGAAAAAGUUAAUGGCAAGACCUACUACUUUGCCAUGGAGGGUGCCACACCCAUGUUAUCUUUUUUUGAAGCUAUGCAUUCCAAUUUUUCGGCCACCUGGCAAAUGAAAGAAUUGAAGCGGGAGAUCUGGCUCAAAUUCUACACGCACUUAAAUGAGCUCAUUAAAACGUGGCCGGAGACACGUAAUUUAGUAGAGCUAAUCAUCUAUAAUUCCCAUGAUACCAAAGGAGAUCUCGUUGAUGUUGGCGAAAUGCUCAAAUCUCAUAUGGAACUAAAAACCAAAAAUAUUGACGAAAUGAUCGGCUAAUAAAAAAGUUUACGUUUCUAAUGGUA